AUGAGCUUCGGCGGUAUUACGCCUCCGCCCACGUUCUUAUCCACUCCCGGCAAGCCUAACGUUCCAUGGACGCAAUGGAGACAACUUUUCUGCAAUUUCUUGGGAGCCUCAGGAGCUGAGGAAUUCACAUCAAAAAGGAAGAAGCAAAUCCUUCUACAUUGCUUGGGGAUAGAAGGCCUUCGCAUUUAUAAUACGCUUCCAGAAGUAGUACACGAAGCUACGCAAACUGCAUCACGUGAAGCCGGCGCAACACCGUCUAGUACCGUGUCAGGUACAGUGACGCCUGUUCCUGACGAGUACGAAACGGCCCUACGUACUUUAGAUGCUUACUUCGCUACCACCAUCAACGUGGUGACGGAACGCCACAACUUCAGGAGAAGAACUCAGAUAUCGGGCGAGAGCAUUGACGAUUUUGUUUUGGCCUUACGGGAGUUAUCCGCUUCAUGCAACUUUGGCGCCCAAACUGAAUACAACUUGCGAGACCAAUUUGUACAAGGAGUAUCUUCGCAGCAAAUACGUGGGAGGCUUCUCCUUGACGGAUCGGCUCUAACGUUUUUUCGUGCCGUGGACAUCGCCAAGCAUUGUAAAAGGGUAUCGGACGAAACCCAGUCCUUCGUACAUGGUGAUGUCGUUCAAGCCAUCGGCAACGCUCCGGCGUCGAAGACCCGAGGGCGUCAAAGUAAAGGACAAACGCGCCAGCUGCAUCAUUCCCAGAACUCUCAGCGCAAGGACGGAGCGCAAAGACUACGCUGCUAUCGGUGCGGGUCAACGCAGCAUCUCGCAAAUGCUUCGAAUUGUCCAGCGUUUCACAAGCGUUGCAACAGCUGUGGCAAGGUUGGUCACUACGCCACAGUUUGUCGAGCGUCGAAGACACCGACGAAAGUACAGGAGCUUUCUACAGAGGAGGAUGAAGUUCUAAAUAUCGUGGUACCUUCAAAGGAAGGGCAAGGUCUCUUCAUCGAAGCGCGUCUUGAAACUGUACCGCUAAAGUUCUUCAUUGAUACGGGAUCGUCAGUAUCCAUUCUGCAAGAAGAUCUCUUCAGGAGGCAUUUCGCUCAUCGUUUCACUCUGGUUCCACCACGUACUGCUUUAGUGGAUUACUCAAGACGGAAUAUUGAUGUAAAGGGGUGCUUCGAGGCUGCCGUUACUUACGAAGACAAGCACCAUGCUGUUCGCUUUUUCGUAGUUUCCAGAGGAACCACGUUAUUGGGACUUGACGCCAUCCAAGGACUCGGCAUACAUAUUGAAGGUGGAACACUCACCUGCUAUGAAACGUCCUUCGCUUCAUCAAUGCUACCAGACUCACUUGCACAGGACUUUUCACAGUUAUUUUCAACAGAGCUGGGUUUGGCUAAGGGAUUUACCCACAAGGUGAAAGUUCGUCAAGAUGUCCCACCCGUAAUUGCUAAACUACGUCGACUUCCAUUGGUAGUUCGCGACGCUGUUACGGAACAGCUGCGUCGCCUUGAAAAGGAAGACAUAAUAGAAAGGCUUGAGGCGUCAGAAUGGGUUUCCCCCAUUGUCGUAAUUCCAAAAAAGGAUGGAAAGAUUCGCCUUUGUGUGGACCUUCGUGAGGUGAACAAAGCCAUCAUACCAGACCUGUUCCCUCUUCCACAUACAGAAGAGCUGCUGGACGCAUUGUCAAUGACAGUUUCAAUGCUGUGA